AUGCGCAUGCAUUCAAUCCUUGAUGAGCAAAUCAAUAACUUAAAUGUGUUUAAAAGCAAACCAAUCAACCUUUAGUCUGUUAAUUCAGAUGAUGCUAAUUCUCCAACAAACAAUUAUUACAAUUAGGUCAGAAAUCCAAAGCAUAUACCUCCAUCGGCUACAUCAACAGGCAGCUCAAAUCUUCUAGGCUCAAAUGGGAUUUAAUCUCAAUAUAACACUAAACCAGUUUAAUCUUUUAAUACAUCCGGACAAAAGUAAGCUUAGUUAGAAAGCAGUCCAUUUAACUACAAAUCAAACUUUAAUGGAAAGGAAAAUUAGGCUCCAACUUAAGUCUACGAAAAGAAUGGCUGUAUUGAUUUAAUCAAGGUUGAUUAGGAUUUUGACAGUAGAUGGGGAUCAUUGACAAAGAAUAAUAUUAGCUCAUAUAAUUCAAAUACUUAGAUGAAACAGAGCGAGUUAAUGAUCUUAUAAACUCCUGAUUCUUAAAAAAUGGGUACUUCUAGUUUUGGCAUUAAAAAUUCUACAGUAUAAAAAAGAGAUGAUGAUCAAACAUAGUUUAUGUAAAACUCAAUAAGGGGCAUUUUAUUUAAUGAUGAUUCAAGAAGAGAAACUUUGAAUAAUGUAAAUGCCUUUUCUAGCGCUAAUAAUGAUGAUAAGUAAGGAUCUAGAUUAAGCAUAAAUGCUGGAAGUUCUAAAAAUGCACUUUCAGGAGAUGCAUCUUAUCAGAAAAUGCAAAAUAACCUUAAAUCACUUCAAGAUAAAAUUAAAAAUCUUGAAAGCAAACUUACAAACGUAAAUGAUGAUGAUUCUUCAGUAAUGAUUGAUGAAUAAGUAAACUCUGCUAGAUAAUCAUCUGUUCGAAAAAAUACUACAAUCAACAAGAACAAAAGUAUCUUAAAACCAAAAAAAGAAGCCAGUUAAAAGUAAUUAGCCUCAUCAAGGUUGAGAGCAAGUUUGAGAAAUAGAAAUGCAAGCAAUUCUAGUGGAGAUAGCACUAAAAGAUAAUCUAUUAGAAGUGUUUCAAGAGCCUCGAAUGUAGCCAAAAGGAAUCAAAGAAGUAACAGUAAAAAAUAUGACUCAAUUAAGAAGAGAAAAAACUUUAUAAAUGAUACUCAAGAGAGUAGAUAUAUGACUAACGAGCUCUCAGCAAGCAGAAAUAAAUUGAAUCAAAGUAGAUCUUCAAGCAUGAAAAGAUCUCAAAGUUUCUAAAGAUCAAAAUCUAGAGCUAAUCAAAAUGCAAGAGAGGGGCCUUCAUUUUAUGACUCAGUUAGACAUUCAACUAAUUCUUUCUUAAGGUCAGCAUCUAAGAAAAGAGAUGCAGCGAGGGAUGAUACAUUUGAUGUUAGAAAACUCAAAGAUGACUUAUUGAUGGAAAGAAAGAAAAAUCUUGAAUUAGAGAGAUAAUUUGAAGCAUAUAAAAAAGCAAAUAUGAAGAAAGAUAUGAAUGAUGAUAAAUUCAAAUAAAUGAAAAAGGAUUACAAACAGCUAUUAGAGGCUUUUGAGAGAUCUGAAAAGAUAAGAAGAGAUUAAAAGGAGCUCAUUCACAGUUUAAAGAAAGAGCUAACCAAAUUAAGAAGAGAAGCCAAAGAAAAAGAGGAGGAGGAAGAAGAAGAACAGGAGUAAGCUGUGAAAAAAGGCAGUAGAUAAACUUAUUAAGAUGAUGAAGAGAAUGAUGAAGUGCCAGUCAGAGAGAAUAAAAAAAAGAAGAGUUCAACUAUAACGAGUAAAGUUCAAGCAUUGAAAUCUUAGGCAAUGAAGAAAAAAUGA